GUUCAUACCGGUAGUCUGUGUGGAACACAUUGGAAAAUAGUAAGUGCGUGCAUCUCGCGCCCAACGUGGUUACAAUAAAAGAGGCUUUAAUAGAUGCACGACGCGCCUUUAUAGUAAAACAGACGGAUAUCACAGCAGGUAGUUGCUGACAUUAUGAGCAAAACGCCUCCUAACAGACGAGGAAUUAAGUUUGAGGUGGGCGCUGCUGUUGAAGCACGGGACACUCUGAAGAACUGGUAUACUGCCAACAUUGAGAAGAUUGACUAUGAGAAUGAGAAGGUCUUAAUCCACUAUCGCCAGUGGAGCCAUCGCUACGAUGAGUGGUUUGACUGGACCAGUCCGUAUCUGAGACCAAUGGAGAGGGUUCAGCUGAGGAGAGAGGCACGGCAGGAAGACAGCAUUAUCCCUUUAAACCGCCUGCUGUUCUUCAGAAAAAUCAUUCAGGGAUUUCAUGUGAAUGACAAAGUUCUUGCCAGCUGGUCCGAUUGUCGAUUUUAUCCUGCAAAAGUCUUGGCUGUCAAUAAAGACGGAUCCUACACUGUUAAGUUCUAUGAUGGUGUCGUCCAAACAGUCAAAGGAAUCCAUGUGAAGCCCUUCACCAAAGAGAAAAGAAAGAAACUACCUGCCAGAAAUGGAGAGAAGCCUAUGUUAAAAAAGACAGAAAAGGACAAGAAAAUGCAUGAGGAGAAUGAUAAAGAAGUUCUUGUGGAAGAGGAGGAUGAAAUCUCAGACUUGGAUGGAGAAGAAGGUGAACACAAUAAAAGCAAUGGGAAUGGGACAUGCCUUGAAGUGGAAGAUAUAAGUGUAAAGGAGGAAAAUGAGGAGGGAGUCUUGGAGCAAGUAGGGCAGCACAACUACAGCAAGUCAUUUCUGAAGAAGGUCUCAGGACCUGAGGAAAGAGAAGAGGAGGCUGCAAUGAAGACUGAGGACUCUGUGGUGUUUGACUCGGGUAUGAGCUUUAAUGAGGGGAUGGUAAAGAGAAAUGAGACAGAAAAAGCAGAAGUCCAGCUGGAACAAAAACAAGAGGAAACCGAAGGACAAGCUCUUCCUCAUGACAGAAAAUCACGGAGGCAGCGCAUAAGAAGGAAGAGGAGACUUUCAGUGGCACGAAGGAGCUCCAAAAAAAGCAAGGCUGAUUCAGAAAAAAGUUUUCAUAAUGAUUGCAAGUCCACAUGUGCAUCCACCAAUCAAGGAAAAGGACCGGACCCCCUACAUCUAACCCAAUCAUCCAGUGGAACAGCAGUACCUAAGGCUCAAAGCCAAUCAGAAUCCUUUAAGCCUACAGCAGUUAGAAAACAAGCUUUUCACAACCCCAACCGUUUCAGCAGAGAGCCAUUAUACAGAGUCAUCAGAAACCAGCCUCCACCGGUGCUCUCCAUCAACUUGGACCAUAAUUUAUAUAAAUGUGGCGCUCCUGGCUGCGCAAAGUCUUUUCGCAAAGCGAAACUCCUGCACUAUCAUAUGAAGUACUACCAUGGAGAUGAUCGUCUGAUGGAACCAGACCAAACCAGAGCAAUGGACAAACACACCACACUUAAUAAUCAGGAUAGCUCUAAGAAGAGGUGCAUUACAUCACAUGAGUGUGCGCAGGCGACCGUGAAGAGACGCUCUCUGUUGCACAGUGCACAGAAUUACCAACGGUGGCCUUCACUGAAGGACAAGACCAGGGAGAAUCAGCUAGACAGCAACAUGCAUUCCUUAAACAAGGACAGAGAAAGGAGGUUUAUGGAAAUGGAAGGUGCGAAGGAACGUGACAGGAUAAAAGAGAAACAGACUAGAGACUUCCUGCGAAUUAAGUUCAAGGAAAAGAAAAAAAUGAGAAAAACCACAUCAGAUGAGGAUAGCGUUUCUGAUUGGUCCUCUGACAGCUGUGGAUGGAGUGAAGAUGAAAUGGGCGUGGAUUUGGACGUCAUUGCCUCACCUCUCAGCUGUAGCUCUGUUGCCUCAACUACAGGAAGUCAGGAAACUGUCCGUUGUGUAUGUGAAGUGGAAGAGGAAAAUGACUUCAUGCUACAGUGUGAAGAGUGUCUGUACUGGCAACAUGGAACCUGUAUGGGUCUCCUGGAAGAGAAUGUUCCAGAACGAUACGCUUGUUUCAUUUGCCGGGAUUCUCCAGGGCAGAUCCGAGGUCAGAGACAGAGUCUGCGGUACUGGUAUGACAGGGACUGGCUAAGCACCGGUCAUAUGUACGGUCUGUCUUUCCUGGAGAACUACUCCCAUCAGAACGGCAAGAAGAUCGCAGCCACUCAUCAACUGUUAGGGGACGUUCAGCAUGUGGUGGAAGUCCUCAAUGGCCUGCAGCUCAAAAUCAGCGUGCUACAGAGCCAAAGUCAUCCAGACCUCAAGUUGUGGCGGCAGCCGUGGAAGCUGACGGAGAAAUCCAGGAUGAAAAGCGUGGCUCUUCCAGAGACAAAAACAGUUUCUGCAUCAGCAUCCUUAGAAGCCAUUCAGCACAAAGAGCCCUUUUCUUCAUCCUUCCAGGACUACAUUAGCAGUGAGCACUGCUACCAAAAGCCACAAACACUGUACCAGGUAUUGGAGCCAAGACUGGUGCUGAAGACAAGGGUUGAGUCGGUGCUGGAAGACAGAUUGCAUAAUGACACAAUGCUGAAGAAUGAACAACACUAUAAUGGAGAGAUCCAACCAGCACUGAAGACAUCUAGUACUCAGCUGUUCAACCACAGCAUGGAUGUAGGAGAGAAGUGUGAGGCGGGUGCUGAUGGAGGCGGGGUUAAGGGCGGAGCUCAGCAGCAGCAGUGGAGGAUCAACCUGCUGGAGCAUAUCGAGACUGUGCAAGAGGACGUUAUUCACAGGAUGGACUUCAUCGAAAGAGAGCUUGAUGUGCUUGAAAACUGGCUGGACUGCACGGGUGAGUUGGAGCCUCCAGAGCCACUGGACCGUCUGCCUGAACUCAAGCACAACAUCAAACAGCUGCUGAAUGAAAUGGGAAAGGUGCAGCAGAUCGCUCUGACUUGUGCCACAUGAGGGCGCCAGGGUAAAUUUCACCAUCAUCACAGGACUACCUCAGAUUGAUACAUUCCUAAACUGGGCUACACCAAAGAGCCUAAAGAAAAGACUGAGAACAUGUGAAACUGAACAAGCCGUUUGUUACAGAGUCUGUGAUUCUGAUUGUAAAUGUGGAAUUAAGACUGAAUGUUAAAAAACUUUAUCCACCUCACUUAUCUUUUCAUCUUUUCUGUUUCACCAAAAGGAAACAUACAAGAAAAUAUGUAUAAGUAUGUUUGCUAAAAGGUUUACAAGACAUUUCGGUCAUUUAACAAUGCACAGCAUGCACCAGUUUCUAAUAUUUUUAAACUAAAUCAUUAGGCAAUUUAAUUCAACGCACGUACAUACCAGAAAUCUUUUUUUUUUUUGCAAAGAAAUUUAGUUACAGUUAAAGUCAAAAGUUUACAUACACCUAGCAGAAUCUGCAAAAUGCUUAUUAUUUUACCAAAAUAAGAGGGAUCAUACAAAAUGCAUGUUAUUUUUUUAUUUAGCACUGACCUGAAUAAGAUAUUUCACAUAAUACAAUCCACAAAAGAAAGUAAUAGUUGAAUUUAUAAAAAUAAAAAUGAUAAAAUUCUUAAUACUGUGUUUUUAUAGGAAUGAUCCACAGCUGUUUUUUUUUUUUUUGUUUAGUGAUGGUUUAGUCUCUUGUUUGUCCUGAAACAGUUAAACUGCCUGCUGCUUUUCAGAAAAAUCCUUCAGGUCCUACAAAUUCUUUGUUUUUUCAGCAUUUUUGUGUAUUUGAACCCUUUCCAACAAUGACUGUAUGAUUUUGACAUCCAUCUUUUCACACUGAGGAUAACUGAGGGACUCAUAUGCAACUAUUACAGAAGGUUCAAAUGCUCACUGAUGCUUCAGGAGGAAACACGAUGCGAGCCGGGGGCUGAAAACUUUUUGAAUUUGAAGAUCAGAGUAAAUAAAACUUUUUUUAUCUUCUGGAACACAUCUAAGUAUCUUCUGCAGCUUCAGAAAGGCAGUACUAAAUUUAAAAAAAUAUUAUAUUUAGGCAAAAUAAGAAAAAUGUACACAUCUUCAUUCUUCAUUUUUCAUUCUUAAAUCAUCAGUCAGUGAGCUUUUGAACUUUCUGUAAUAGAUGCAUAUGAGUCCCUCAGUUGUCCUCAGUGAGAAAAGAUGGAUCUCAGAAUCAUACAAUCAUUGUUGGAAAGAGUUCAAAUUCACAAAAAUGCAGAAAAACCAAAGAAUUUGUGAGACUUUUCUGAAGACUGAACUGUUCAGGACAAAUAAGGGACUUAUGAACAGCUAUUGCUAAACAAAAAAACAGCUGUUGAUCAUUCAGAUAACAACACGGUAUUAAGAAUCAAGUGUAUGCAAACUUUUAAACAGAGUAAUUUGUUAUAAAUUUAACUAUUCUUUUUUUCUUAUAUUUAACAUUUUGCAGAUUCUGCAAGGUGUAUGUAAACUUUCGACUUCAACUGUAUGUUAAGGCUAAAAGCCUAUGUGAAUAGUAGAGAAAGAAUCCUCUUUAAAAAGCUAGUAACCUUUAACCUCAAUUUAACAGGUUGGGUGUGAAGUAAAAUGUACACAAUGAAACAACUGUUUCUGUUCUACAUUGUAUUAAAGGAUCUCAUGUUUAGAAUGCUCAAAUGUUUUUUGCAUACUACAUAUUUAUUUCUAAAACAACUGUGAAUAUAAUUACUGUAAUCCCCUGUAGUUUACUAUUCCUUUAACCUUGCAAAUGUGAUCAAUGUCAACACGUCCUUAUGGAUUAGCUGUAAAUCUUUAGUAUAUUAACAAAGACUUAACCACAUGACUGUUCGACUAAAACUUUAUUCCAAAAUCUUGGAAAUACAGAAUGCAUUUCAGUAUUGCAAUUCUGAUUAUAAAUAUUAAAUAUUAUCUUGAUGCGCAUUUAAUUAAUAUAUAUUAAAAUUCUGUCCUGUGUUCACACCUUAAUGUCUUUCUAAACUGUAUGACUGGAAAACAGUAUCCCCCCUGCAUACUGCAAUAUGAUGAAGACUGGCUUUUUGUCCGACUAUUCAAAAUAGAAUAAAAGCACGUUGUAUAU